CUGAUGCACUUCACAAAAUAGAUGGCAUCAUGAGGACGGAAAUGUAUGUAGAUAUUUUGAAGCAACAUCUCAAGACAUCAGUCGGGAAGUUAAAGCUUGGUCGCAAAUGGCUCUUCCAAAUGGACAAUGACCCCAAGCAUACUUCCAAAGUUGUGGCAAAAUGGCUUAAGGACAACAAAGUCAAGGUAUUGGAGUGGCCAUCAAAAAGCCCUGACCUCAAUCCUAUAGAAAAUGUAUGGGCAGAACUGAAAAAGCGAGUGGGAGCAAGAAGGCCUACAAACCUGACUCAGUUGCACCAGCUCUGUCAGGAGGAAUGGGCCAAAAUUCACCCAACUUAUUGUGGGAAGCUUGUGGAAGGCUCCCCAAAACGUUUGACCCAAGUUAAACUUUUUUUAAGGCAAUGCUACCAAAUACUAAUUGAGUGUAUGUAAACUUCUGACCCACUAGGAAUGUGAUGAAAGAAAUAAAAGCUGAAAUAAAUCAUUCUCUCUACCAUUAUUCUGACAUUUCACAUUCUUAAAAUAAAGUGGUGAUCCUAACUGACCUAAGACAGGGACUUUUUACUACGAUUAAAUGUCAAGAAUUCUGAAAAACUGAGUUUAAAUGUAUUUGGCUCAGGUGUAUGCAAACUCCCGACUUCAACUGUAUAAUUUAAUCAAUUUUGAAUUCAGCCUGUAACACAACAAAAUGUGGAAUAGGUCAAGGCGUAUGGAUACUUUUUGAAGGCACUGUAUGUGUUUUGUCGCCCGUAUUAGCAGCAAAGAUAUCUGAUAUUUAAUUUGGCGCUGCUUCGAAAACAUAUUCAAUACAGCAUCCAUCAAGUCCUAUCAAAACUGGAACGUGCCUUUCUUUUAACAUAGCUAGAUCGCUACUGCUAUCUGGUGGCUGUGGGCACCUACUGCUAUCAUAUGCAAAGAUAGGCCAUAUCCAUGCGCUCCAAUGAGGUAAGGUGGUUUUCCAGCUACGAGUUGGCUGAAAUAUUUGGCCUUAUAUCAUGGGAAGACGUUGGUCACAAAUUCUAACGCCAUAUCAAUGACCCAAACCAUUACAUAGGCUUAUUAUGAUUGGUUGGAAGUCUGGACCCUGUAUCACGAUGAUUAACUUAAAAUAAAAUCUCCAGGCUCAUGGUCGGUGGUUGAUGUAUCGGUUUCAUCAGUUGCUGUGAAGUAGGCUAUGCAACAGAUGAUAAUAUGAGAGCAUUAUCACCCAUCGCGCGAAGCCUCCAGUAAAAGCUGGUCCGCCCUUCAGAGCUUCAGACACAGAACAUAUUUUUGCACUCGAACAAAACGCAUGCGCAUCGAGCAAAGCAAUUUGUCCGUUGCAGACCAGCGCAGACGGAUGUGAUCGAGGCAAGAAUCACCUGUAUUCUGGCAUUCAUGGUGACACCCAUGGGGUCCGAGCGGGUGGAGAUGCGCAAGAGACAGAUGCAGGUGCACCAGGAAGCUGCUGCCAGUGUUCUCCAAACGCAGCACGGGAUGGGGAACACGCCCACCAAUGCCUCCAAUGCCUGUUGCUUCUGCUGGUGUUGUUGCUGCAGCUGCUCCUGUCUGACUGUUAGGGCGGAGGAUGAGAGGAUAAAAAAAAACACCUAUGAGAGGAGAGCAGAGGAAAUCGCAAACUGUGAUGACAGCCCCAAGCCUAUUCUGGAGGAUGCGAUGACAUGGACCAUGUCAUUUGAGAGGCUGAUGAAGAGCUCUGCAGGGCGGGGCUGCUUCCGCCAGUUCCUGAGGACAGAGUUCAGUGAAGAGAACAUGAUGUUCUGGUUGGCCUGCGAGGAGCUGAAGAAGGAGACCAACAAAACUGUGGUGGAGGAUAAAGUACGACAGAUCUACAAGGACUUCAUCUCCAUCCUCUCCCCUAAAGAGGUGAGUUUGGACUCGCGUGUUCGAGACGUGAUUAACAAGAACAUGUUGGAGCCCACGUCGCACACGUUCGAAGACGCCCAGCAUCAGAUCUACACGCUAAUGCAGAGAGACUCAUACCCACGCUACAUAAACUCCACAGCGUACGCAGAGCUGCUGCAGGACCUGGCCGAACAGCCACCUGCCACAGAGCCAUAGACUCUCACUCACCAUCAAUCACUCUGCACUGCUUUUAGAGGACACUUGUCUUAUCCAAAGGGGGUUUUAGGUUUAGCUUUCAGUUACAGUUCAAAUGUUGAUUGAUCAACAGGUUAAUAAGCUGUAUUUUCCAAACAGUAUUUAUUAAGGUGUAAACUACUGUUUAUAUUACCUUGAAUAUUGACUUUCCAAAAUACUCAGAGCAAGCAAGAACAUACGCUAGAUUCAGUUCCCGAUUGCAUAUAUAUAUAUAUAUAUUUAUAUUUUUAUAUAUUCCAUAGCGCUUGGCAUUGCACUUUUCUGAGGGGGAAGCAUGUUGUAUCAGUGAGCACUGCAUUCGUGUGUAGGUCUAUUGUCAGCCUUAAAGCAUAAAAUUAGGUUUGACUUAUUGUUAAGAAGACAUGGGGAAGUGCCUUGGCAUUAGAUCAUUCACCUUCAAGAUCGUUUGAAUAAAAUAUCACAGAAAUGGUGCAACAGUUGAUCACAAUAAUAGUAACUUUUUAUAUAUAGUGUAAGCUGAUACCUGGAAAUAGAUCUUGCCUGUGGAUUUUAAUAUUGUGAUGCUGAUUCAGUCCAAUUUUUUUUCUCACACAAAACGUAAACAGGAAUAUAAUAUAUGUAUGAAAUAAAUAGAAUGUGACCAUU